UUCUAGUUAUUGGCAAUUGAUAGUAAAUAUGUCGAUUCUACUAACACGAGUGGAUUAUGUGAAUGUAGGCGUUACAUCGCGUGGUACCACCUGUGUUUUUGCAUCAGAAACAAAACAAUCGCAGAAAUUUGCUGUUGCUGAUCAUGAUGGAGUUUUACAUAUUUUUUGUUUUAAAAAAGGCGAACUUCAAGUUUUAUUUAAGUCUCUGCCAGGGCCGAAGAUAAAUCGAAUAGUAAUGGGCGGCAUGACAUCGAUGCCCAAAGACAAAAUCUUUCUUGCUCACGGGAAUACCGUCGUAGGUUAUACAAAAAAAGGAAAGCUUUUCCUUAAGUUUGAGACUGGUCUCAUCGAUUCCAUAACGGCCUUAUAUGUUUUAGGGUCAGACUUGGCAGCAUGUGCUCGCGAUCUUUAUCAUCGCUAUCGAGAAUGUAAAGAUGCCGAUUCUUAUCUUAUUGGAGAAAAAUUGUAUGAUGUUGUGCUUGUACCAAUUGGAAAUACAGCUGUACUUGCUGUACUUGCUUGUGGCGAUUGUGCAAUUAGAGUACUGCGUGGCACAAAAAAUCCAUCAAUAUUAAGACUCGCGAGUAUACCGACGAUACUUUCACUCUAUAGAGAAGGGGAUAAGGAAUCACACGACCGAAUUCUAAUGGGCACGAUAGAUGGUAAAGUUGGUUUACUAAUGUUAGACAAUGAAAAAAAUAUAAGAAUAAGUUGGGUAUUGACUAAAAUGAAUUCAGAAAUAACUGCUCUGGAUUCUUAUGAAAUUCAAGACAGUUUGGAUUUAAUUAUCGGAAGGCAAGAUGGGUCCAUUGAAGUUUACACAUUACCCUCUGACGAAGAUAUAUUACCACUUCUUCGCUUUCGUUAUAAUGCAGGAGAGAGUAUUAGCUCGGUAAUAGGCGGAAUAAUAAGUUCCGAUGAUUGUCCAGAACUUUUAGUAACAACUUAUUCGGGUAAAGUGUUUGGUUUAACGUCAAAAUCGUCGGGAUUUUUAGAGUUAAAUCAAGGAAAAUUAGGAAUAAAUAAAUUGAAAUUUGAAAUUCAGCAAUUACAAGAAGAAUUGAAAAAAGAGUACAUGGGAUCACUCCAUUCUGAGGAUACGCUAAGUCCGUUAAUUUUAUCAGUUAAUCAUCGCUUAAUACUAAAUAAAGAAGAUGCGUCGUAUACUUUAUUGGUGGAGCUCGACAGAUCAAUUGAUAAUAUUUUAAUACAAUCGGAUACUCCUAUCGAACUCUUAGACGUGGAAGGCAAUAAUGCUGUAAUGAGUCUCUCGACUUGCAAUCAUGAUGACGGCAAUUUUCUCUUAGCAACUUAUCGAUGUCAAGAUAAUACAAAUAGAUUAGAGAUCAAAUUGCGAAGCAUUGAAGGGCAGCCUGGAACGCUCCAAGUUUACGUCACUUCACAGAUACAACCAAAAUGUUGCCGAAAAUUAUUAAUCCCCAUAUGUGCCUUAUCUCUUCAUACAAGAUUAUUCAUUGAAGAUAACGAAUCAAUAUCGGGCCCAUUCAAUGAAUUAAGAUUGAUUGGUGGAUUUACAUUGGCAGAAAUGCACGCAUGGCUUGCUUUUGCAUUAUUUGAUGUACCAGAAAGGCCGUUGAUCGAAGAGGGAUCAGAAGCUAUUAUGAUUUACACAUCAACUUUAAUUGGUACAAUAUUAAAGUGUAAAUAUAAGAAAGGUACGGCUUCUUUUUUUAGUGAAAAUAUAUCAACGAUAAUUAUUUUACGAGAUAUUCUCACUAAAAAAGCUACUCAAAGAAAAAUCAAACUCGAAGUUUUUUGUGACAUUGCUGAUGAUAGUAUAACCAAAGUUUUAGAAUUGAUCCUUCCAAAAUUAACGACUUUGAACGAACUUGUGGAAAAGAUAAAUAUUCUGGAUACUCUUGAUACAUGGGAAAUGAAAAAUAAUCCUGCAGACAUGUGCACUGAAUAUCAAAAUCUUAUAAAAAAUGAAUCUGAUUUGCGACAACAAAUGACAAAAAGUUGUGAUGCGUUGCAAAGAUUACAUGCGAUUAUUACAGAUUUAUAUGUAGACUGGGAACGUGCUAAGGGUUCUCGCAGGAUCUCGAGUAAACAAGCAUCUGAAAAGUUACAUUCUGCAAUUGAAUCAAUGGAUAUGGCAUUACUACUUCAGGCCUUUAUUGGAAAAGAUAUGUCUGCAGCUAGUGUCUCAGUGCCAGUAUUAUUGUAACGGGAAGAUAAUUACAGAGAUUUUUCAAAACAAAAAGAUUUAACUUUCUAUAAACGUUGCCAUGUAAUAAAAAAUAUAUUUUUCAACGUUAAUCUGUGUAUAAAUUGCUAAGUAGAUUAAGAAUUAAAACUUACAAAUAUACUGUCGCUAAUAACAUUACAGUAUAUGUUAUAUACGUUCAUACAAUACAUACGUAGAAUAUAUCUAUAAGAGUGCAAUGCGUAUAUACAGGUCGGUUGUGCAAGAUAAGCGAUAUCGUCUUCGUGAUCAUUUUAUAAUUUAAAAACGAAAUUGAAAAAAAUUAUAAAUCUAUACAUUAAUACCAGCAUUGCCAUAAAUCCAUUAAUAAAUCUAGCUUACAUAGUAAAAAGUACUUAAGAUUUUUCUUAUACAUAUUAUACAUAUAAAAUUUAUACA